AAUUUGUUCUACCACCCCCUCUGCUAACACCUUAACCUGGGACAGCUCCUCAGAUGUGUCACCUACAAUGAAUGGCUUUGGUAUGGGAAUGUCCCUCGCAUCCUCUGCUGUGGAGACGGAUACGGAGAAACUAAAUGAAUUUUUUGCAAUGGCCUUGUCUUCCUUGAGUGCUGCUUUAGCAUCUGGAUGGUCCAGUGGCCCCACUGGCUGCUUGGCAGCUUCCUGCUUGUGAUAGAUUUUUGGUCUCUUGCUAGUUGCACUUCAAAUUGUUUUUCUGGCCUGCAUGUGACUUGCCAGAGUGAGUUCCCUGUUUUCUUUGGGAUUUGAUUUCCACUUUAACAGGCUGUUUUGCUUAUGCCUCCCUUACUCUGGGCCUCUUACUGCUUCUCUUAUUUUAAUUGGGACUUUACUUUUAGUUUGGGCCAUUAGAGCCAUCCCCCACCAGUACGAACUACUCCACGCUGUGUGACUCUUGUACUCUAGUAUUUCCAUGAGCCAUUGAGUAUUGGUGUCCUGACAAGUUUUUCUGAUGCUGAUUAUCUCAACCUCCUCAUUCAAUACCAGGUGCUCAUGUUCACCCAUCUGAGGCUACAUCUAGACUGGCCCCUAAUUCCGGAAAAGUCAUGCAAAGCAGGUAUCCCCACUGAUGAAGAGCAGGCAACAGGCCUGGAGAGGAAAGUCAUGCAGGCCAUGGAAAAGGGACAGGAUCCGUACAACAUCCUCCCACCAAAGCGCUAUUCAGGGACCAAGGAGGAUCCCCACCUAGUCUCCUCCAUCUCCAGCAAGAGGAUUGUGGGCUGCAUCUGUGAAGAGGACAACAGCUGUGUGAUCUGGUUCUGGCUGCACAAGGGGGAGCCCCAGCGCUGCCCCUCCUGUGGGGCCCAUUACAAGCUGGUCCCCCACGAGCUGCUGCACUGAGGGUGCCCUGACCCUCCUGUCUCUGCUCCUUGGGACCCCAGGCCCUGCUGCCUGCUGCUCUGCAAUGGUGUGUGGUUUCAAUAAAGAGUUGCUGUUCAAGGCCUUGCCCCUA